GAUUCGCACAUCAUCACCGUUCACCAGGCACGGACGGAGAGCUCGCUCGAGAGCCAUGUCGAGGUCGCCGGCGUCGUUGCUCCUCCUCCUCCUGUCGGCGGCGACGCUCGUGGCCACCUGCCGCGGCGACCCCGAGCCGGUCCAGGACUUCUGCGUGGCCGCGCCGCGGGGCGACGGCGAGGCGUUCCCGGGCCUCCCGUGCAAGCCGGCGUCGACGGUGGUCUCCGACGACUUCUUCUUCGCGGCGCACGCGCGCGGCGCCAGCACGGACAACCCGACGGGGUCUGGCGUGACGCCGGGCAACGUGGAGGCGUUCCCGGGGCUCAACACGCUCGGCCUGUCCCUCAACCGCGUGGACCUCGCCCCGGGCGGCGUCAACCCGCUGCACAGCCACCCGCGCUCCGCCGAGCUCGUGCACGUCGAGGACGGGGAGAUGCUCGUCGGGUUCGUCAGCACGGAGGGGAAGUUCUACUCCAAGGUGGUGCGGGCCGGGGAGAGCUUCGUGAUCCCGCGCGGGAUGAUGCACUUCCAGUACAACGUCGGCGCUGGCGCCGCCAGGGCCAUGACGGUGUUCAAUAGCCAGCUGCCCGGCGUCGUGCUCGCCGCGCAGUCCCUGUUCGGGGCCGAGCCGGAGAUACCCGACGCCGUCCUGGCCAAGAGCUUCCAGGUGGACGCCGAGAUCAUCAAGCUCCUCAAGUCCAAGUUCCGGAAAGGAUAGUGGACAGGCCAUGCAUGGUGUCGCCAGGACACAUGGCUGAAGCUGCUCACUAGAUUUGUCGUUCCAUACUAGUAUAAUUUUGUUCGAGUACAUAAAGUUGUUUUGCAUUUGAUACUCUGAUUUGAUAGUUGGAUGAUGAUGAUCAAUAAAGUUCAUACACAUACUAAAAAAAAGAUAAACAUGAAUA